AUGUUGGUCAGAGCACAGCGAGCCUAUACUGAUCGUGCUUCGAAGCCAUGCACAACAAACUCAGAUCGAAUUUCGAUUGGGCGUGGCUCACAUCACGUCCUUUCUUCAGAAAGAAGUCCCAAUACCAGUGGAAGACUUGGCAAACAGUUCUUAUUCACAAGAGAGGUGACCGAGAGAACCUUUGAAACUGCCGUCCAAUAUGCUUGGACGCUGGAUGAAGCCAAGAAAAAGAAAAAGCUGGAUUCCGUCAGCGGAUGA